CGUCCCCAGCAAAGCCUGCGUUCAGCAUAAAGGAAGGCGAUUCUCGCUCACCGUAAGCUCCAUGAUAUAGAUCUAGAUGCCUCAGCCCUUGUUUAAACGUUGUCUAAGUUGAAGACGUUAGCAAGACUUUGGAAAAAAUCGACGAACCCUUGGCACUUUCUGCGGCGACCUCAGUCUUCCCUCUGAUCUAACAGCAGGGAAACCAAACAUGGACACUUUGGUGAUGGUUGCUGCACUGAUGACUCUACUUUGCGCUACAGCCGAGUCUUCUGAGACUGAUAAUAGGGAAGAGAAACGCAGCCGGACACUAGAUCUAGUAGAAAAGUUCCCAGGUUAUUUCCGCACUCGGGAGGAACAGGUCAAUUUUGAAAGACAGCUGCGGAAAGUCCAGUUGAAAGAACCUGCAAUUGAAGCACAGAGAAGGUGGAGUUCUCAGCAAUUCAGGUGCUCCUACAUGUGUCAACGUCCCUUCCCCUUUUUUGUUAAGACCCCAAAUUCUGCUCGGACAAAUGGCUACAGUAGAAGUAAAAGAUCAGAAGGAAUUGAUGCUCGCAUGCGGAGGUCGACUAGGGGAGGAGGGACCACCUGGAUGUACCAUGGGUGCUGUAUGACACGGAGGAAAUUUCACACCCCAUCAGUGGCAGUGAAUGCGGACUGGGAGGAGAAGGUAGUCGUACAAACUCCCUCACACCAGCAGUAUUUUCCCAUUGAUGUCUGUUGGCACGCUUACAGUUGCCGUGGCUGUACAUGUAUGCAGGAGUACACUCUAAUGAGCGCGAUAGUGGAGAAUACAGAUAUUUCAGAGGACAGUAGCGAAGAGCAUGUUAUCGAUCUUCUCCGUGUAAAGGGAUGCUGCCGAUGUAUGAACGGAUGAUAGUAGUAGUAGUAGUAGUAGUAGUAGUAGUAGUAGUAGUAGUAGUAGUAGUAGUAGUGUUAAUCUAGCAUCUGCAUUUAUCGAGGGCGACCGCGAUUUUUUGGGGGCAUUUGUGCAAAAGCCAACAGCCACACCGCUGGGGAAUAAAAAAUC